UAGCGGCUGUCAUGGAGGACGGAGCACCGUGCGGGCAGGCUGAGGGAGCCGCUGAGAGUUCAGUAGUGCGGUCGGCAGCAGGUCCGGGAGGAGCCCCGGUGGAGUUCACCCCGACCCCCGGCGGCCUGGCCCUGGUGAGCCCCUACCACACCCGCCGGCCCGGGGACCCCUUAGACCUCGUGGCGCUCGCGGAGCAGGUGCAGAAGGCUGAUGAGUUCAUCCGGGCAAAUGCCACCAACAAGCUGACGGUCAUAGCAGAACAAAUCCAGCAUCUGCAAGAACAAGCCAGGAAGGUCCUCGAAGAUGCUCGCCGACACGCUGACCUGCACCACGCAGCCUGCAACAUGGUGAAAAAACCUGGCAACAUUUACUACCUCUACAAGCGGGAAAGCGGUCAGCAAUAUUUUUCCAUUAUUUCUCCAAAGGAGUGGGGAACGAGUUGUCCCCAUGAAUUCCUGGGCGCUUACAAACUGCAGCACGACUUGUCCUGGACACCUUAUGAGGACAUUGAGAAGCAAGAUGCUCAGCGCCGCCUGCUGGACACAGUGCUGGGCCAGCCGGUGGCCCUGCCUCCGUGCCCCGAGCCUAGUGUCCAGGGACUGCCCCACUGAGCGUGACCUCUGAGGACCCAGCCCCUCCUUUGCUGGGCCUGCCCUUCGCCUUCCUGGGAGGUGCCAUGAGUGGAGAAGGUGUGGUUGAAUCAUGACCUACUUAGCAG